GGGUUACGCGCUUGCGUGCUGUUCUCCGUUCAGUUCGACCUCUGGUACCGGGACUGUGACAGACCCGUUUUCGAACCGACUACCCGCCGAAGGACACAGAAACCUCACAACAUGUACGCCUGUGCGAAGUUCGUCUCCACUCCCUCUCUGAUCCGUGCUGGAUCCAGGGCUCUGUACAGACCAAUCUCUGCAUCAGUGCUGUCUCGGCCAGAGGUCCGAACUGGAGAGGGAAACUCUGCACUCCUCAGUGGGUCCCAAAACACCUGCACCCAAAUUGUACUGAGGGGAUUCCAGACCAGCGCAAUCAGCAGGGACAUUGACACCGCUGCUAAAUUUAUUGGUGCUGGUGCUGCCACAGUUGGUGUGGCUGGUUCUGGUGCUGGUAUUGGAACGGUUUUUGGCAGCCUCAUCAUUGGUUAUGCCAGGAACCCAUCCCUGAAACAGCAGCUCUUUUCAUACGCUAUCCUGGGAUUUGCCCUGUCUGAAGCUAUGGGUCUGUUUUGUUUGAUGGUUGCUUUCUUGAUCUUGUUUGCCAUGUAAAUGAUGGGGAAACUCUGCACUCAAAGAACAGAUGUAAUCAAUAUUUUACUGUGGCUCCCAAGAAAUGUCAUGUUGUCGAGGAAAUGUACAAUAUUUCCAAAGUCCUUUCAUUAAAAAUAGUAACAAAACUGAAA